AUGCCGACAUUGAAGCCGUCGAAGUAUGCUGAAGAGCACGUCGCACCAGCUGUGCUCGGGAAGUUCGGCGAGGCCCUGGCCGAGUGCUUCUCGAUGAGCGAUAGCCAUGGCAAAUAUCUCUACCAAAGCUCAUCUGCCUCCCUCUCUUCCGCUGAAAAUCAAAUCAGGCGCAAGUUGAACAGCCAUCAACCUUGGGACAGCCUAACCGUAGCUCAUCUCCGAGUCAUCCACGCCGUCCAUUCCGCCGACUUGAGCUCGCCUAACUUCUUGGCAAUAUUCGACGCUCAAAAAAGCUUGGUCAGUGCCUAUAACGAUUGGUUUAGAUCUGAUAAUACCGCUUGGAGUCUUCCGGUGCUUUAUGUCAUCUACCGCGACUUACGGGCGUUUGCCACACGGGCAGACGAGACUCUGCUCCUCAAGGGAGAAAAGGCCGUCAAAUUAGCUGAGGCGGCAAGACUGAUCCAAGUUGGAUUCGGAUUAUGCUGUAGUGAUAGAACUUCAACCGGUGACACCAAAAAAUUGGGCGUUUUGUACAUGGCUAGUUUGCUGUUCAAGAUCUACUUCAAAUUGAAAUCUACGGCGCUUUGUAAAAACGUCAUUCGGGGUGUAGAUAAUGCUGGCUUGCUAGAUGGCUUCCAGGUACCAGUUGCUCAUCGGGUGACAUAUCGUUAUUACAUGGGAGUGCUAUCAUUCCUUCAAGAGGAUUACGAAAAGGCAGAAGAUCAUCUCUCUUUUGCCUUCAACAAUUGCCAUAGGAACAAGCGUCGGAAUCGAGACCUGAUCAUGAACUACCUGGUCCCGCUCCGAUUGCUGAAGGGCAAACGGCCAAUCCCUGCACUCUUGAACCAAUUCACCCAACUCUCUGACCUCUACCAAACUUUUAUCGCCGCUGUUAGAUUGGGAAAUGUGGAAUUGUUCGAUAGCCACUUGAUCCAAGUCGAAAAACAGCUGAUGAAGAGGGGUACUUACCUCAUAGUUGAACGAUGUCGAGAUGUUUGUCUUUGUAACUUUGUUAAGCUGAUACAUCGAUUGAAAUCACGAGCUCACCAGAUCCCAUUGGAGUCAUUCCGGAAGAUAGCCUAUGAGGUAGAAGACGAGCAUGAGGAAGAAGAUGUAGAUAGUAAACUGGAAGAGGUCGAAUGCCUCUUGGCGAAUCUGAUUGCUCAGGACCGAGUUCGUGGGUAUAUUCACCAUCAAGCCAAGAUGUUGGUCCUAUCCAAAGUUGAUGCCUUUCCCGCCCAGACUGUGAUCAGAGGGUAUUAA